AGGGAGAGAGGGAGAGUUUGGAGAGGAGCCGAGGACUGCCCAUGGUGGAUGGGCGGAGCAGUAAGCAUGCGCUGAGCUGGCAGACUCUGGGCUGGUCCUGACGGGCUGGCUGGGCUCCGCGCGGCUCUCUGUGCGCUUCAGACGGUCUUGGGGGAGACUACCACCAACACUCAGCGUCUCCUCGAGUACCUCAGAGAAAAAAAGAAUUGAAAAGCAGAAGAGACAAAAGGAUAACUGCGAGAAAACAAAGCAAACAGCUUCACCCAGGCAUCUGGAAAAGCACCGAAGAAGAAGGAGACGAUCCUCCCCCCCCCCCUACCCCACACCUCUCCGCCAACCCGCCCUAUCCACCCUACCUACCACUUCGUGCCAUCCCUCUGGUCUGAACUGCCCUCCCACCCCGUCAGGAGAACCACGACCACCCAUAGGAAACCCCCACUUGACCAGCGUUGCCAUUAAGCGAUGCGCUUUGAAUUUAGGAAGAAAUCAUCUAUGCGUUUUUGAUGCACAACACAGUGCUAGCGCUUAAUUUUUUUUCCACAGCGGGAACAGUUAAGGUUACGGAUUUGGGUGUUUACACUUUUUUACGGGUUUCCAGUGGCAUGAUAACAUGCAGAAUAUAUCAUCCCACGGCAACAGACAAGGCUGCCAUUCCAUAUAUUAGUCUUUAUUUAAACAACCAGCUGUCACGUACGCUGCGUUUGAGCUUAUGUUUGAUUUUUUCCCCACGCUUAGAAAGACCCCGAGAAUGGUCUGGGAACGGACCGCCUCUCCAGACACCUAGACAUUUCUUUCAAGACGUAUCAGCUCUAUAUUUCGUGUUUAUUAAAAAAGAAGCGACAAAUUGACGAGGAGUCAUUUGACACCGAAGCCGCUUGAGCCAUAGGACUUUGCGUGCGAAGUUUGCACCGGGAAGAGGGGGGCCAAGUCGGAGAUAUCUUGACCAUAUCCACGGCAUUUUCCCUUUAAGGUGGGAGGUCGGCGGGUUGUGGUCAUGCUGUCCCUGGACGAGCCCCUGGACCUGAAGCUCCCUCGGCGGGCCAAUGGAUGGGACAGAGGGGCGCGCUCUCCCCCUCUCUCUCCGCUGCACUCCAAGCGAACCCGCCAGCUCCGCAUGGCAGAUGAUGGCACCGCAGUCAUAGAGCCCGCCUCGCCAGCAUCUCCGCACACAGGUGUGCAGGUGGUCCCUCAUGAUCGGGCAGACACCCCCACCCCCCCUGCAGUGGACCUGAGCAUGUCUCCCUCCUCCCGCCACACCCCCAGCUCUCCAGAAAUGACCAACGGCAACUACAUCCCAUCAGUGAAUUCACAGGCUUUUCAGUUUUUUGUGCCAAUUGGAGCUGGGGCGGGACUUCACCUGCCAUCCUCCAUGUUCAUUGGCCAGAUGAGCGAUAAGAGAGCCUCUCCUGACCUCUCAGCGGAUGAACAACUGGCCUGCCAUUGGAAGAAGUGCCAUCUGCUCUUUGACUCCCUACAAGACCUGGUGGACCAUGUCAACGACUUCCAUGUGAAGCCUGAGAAGGAUUCUGGGUACUGCUGCCACUGGGAGGGUUGUGCUCGCAAAGGGAGAGGUUUUAAUGCUCGGUACAAGAUGCUCAUCCACAUCCGUACUCACACUAACGAGAAGCCCCAUCGCUGUCCCACCUGCAACAAGAGCUUCUCACGCUUGGAGAACCUCAAGAUACACAACCGGUCACACACAGGUGAAAAGCCCUACAUUUGUCCUUACGAGGGUUGUAACAAGCGCUACUCCAACUCCAGCGACCGUUUUAAGCACACACGCACACACUAUGUGGACAAACCCUACUACUGCAAGAUGGUGGGCUGCCUGAAGCGUUACACAGACCCCAGCUCUCUCCGCAAGCACAUCAAGGCCCACGGCCACUUUGUGGCUCAGGAGCAGGGCUCUCCAGGUGGGGUGGGCUCCCUGCUGAGACGGAGUCAAAGUGGAGUGCUUUCUGGCGAAGGGGGGAAGGAUUCUGCGCUGUCCUAUGUGAGUGCAGCCCACAUUAUUAUCCCAGGGACAGCGGCUGCUCUCCUGGGAGGCCAUGCUCUGCAGGGUCUGGGUGGUGCCCUACCUGUGUCCCCUCUCAGUCCUCGGCCCCUGGACCUCAGCACACUUGGUUGCCCCGGCUCACCUCCAGGCAGCCUGGGAGGUACAUCCAUCCUGUCCUUCAACGGCUCACCGUUGGGCCUUGCCAAGUCCCAUCUGCUCUCCCAGGCAUUUCCCUCCUCUGCCCUGGGCCUGCCAAUGAUGCCUGUGCUGGGGGCCUCGUCUGAGCGCAGGGCCCACAGCCAACAGGCCAAGAAGGGCCGGGGGGAGGAGCCAGAGAACGAGGUGACUGGGAGGGUCCUGAACCUCUCCACGGGAUCCCAUGAUCCCCUGUCCUGGGUGGUCAUCCCCCCAGGCACCGUGGUGCUCAAACCAGCUGUGGUUAACUGAUACACGCACACACAUACACACACAUUCCAGAAGAGCUCAGGGGGUCGGGAUAGGAGGGUGAACGCCAUAAUGAGGGUAUGGGUGGUCAAAGGUGAUAGGGAUUGGCUCGUACAAUCAAAUUCAAGCAAUGCAUUUCAGAGAGAGGUUUGAAGAGGAGAAACAUAUAUACAGUAUAUAAAUAUACAGUGGGGCUUGAAAGUUUGGGCACCCCAGGUAAAACUUUUUAUU